UCUCUGGCACACACACUCACACACACAGCCUCGUACUGCAGCAAGCAAGCAGGCACGAUCAUUAUCAUCUGCAUCCAGCAGGAAUCUAUUGAGAUUCUGCAGCAGAGAAGCUCCGCGCCGACACUGCAUAGGAGCUUGUGUGAGGAGUACCUGACCUAAAGGACUGACUUGUUCUUCGAACUGCAGGGGGAGUGCUGCGGCAGCUCCACAGAAAAACACAAGGGACCACCUCCUGUUGGGGUUUUAUUUAUUUUAAGCUCCCCCCCGCCCCUCCCCUUCCCCUACCCCUUUUGCUUUUCAAGCUGAGCGUUUGGUGUGGUGUUGCCCUCUUCCCUGCCAUCCCCAUUUCCCCCCCACCAGACCUUUUUUUUUUUUUUUUUUUUAAUUUGCUCUUCAUUUCCAAAUCUGUGCCGCAUCGCUCUCAUUAUGCUGCGCUCCGAACCCCUGCCUGUUCUCCGCCUCUGCUAGGCAGUGGCAGCAUGGAUGGUGCUCCUGUGAGGAAGCUUACAGAUUCGAUCAGUCCACUGCGGAUGGGCAUGCUGAGUAAUCCUGCUGUAAAUGGGCGAGGACAUUGACACCCGGAAAAUCAACCACAGCUUUCUCCGAGACCACAACUAUGUGACUGAAGCUGAUAUAAUUUCCACAGUUGAGUUCAACCAAACGGGGGAGCUGCUGGCAACUGGGGACAAAGGGGGGCGUGUUGUCAUAUUCCAGAGGGAACCUGAGAGUAAAAAUGAGCCUCACUGCCAGGGGGAGUACAAUGUUUAUAGCACCUUUCAGAGCCAUGAGCCUGAGUUCGAUUACCUGAAGAGUCUGGAAAUCGAGGAGAAGAUUAACAAAAUCAGGUGGCUGCCACAACACAAUGCUGCUCACUUCCUUUUAUCAACCAAUGAUAAAACUAUUAAAUUAUGGAAAGUUAGUGAAAGAGAUAAGAGGCCGGAGGGAUACAACCUGAAAGAUGAAGAAGGGCGGCUUAAAGGUCUUUCAACAGUGACAUCCCUGCAGGUGCCAGUCCUGAUGCCAGUGGACCUGAUGGUGGAGGUGAGCCCUCGAAGAAUCUUUGCUAACGCUCACACCUACCAUGUCAACUCCAUCUCCGUCAACAGCGAUUGUGAGACCUACAUGUCUGCUGAUGACCUCAGGAUUAACCUCUGGCACCUGGGGAUCACAGACAGGAGCUUCAAUAUUGUGGACAUCAAGCCUGCCAACAUGGAGGAGCUGACGGAGGUGAUCACAGCUGCUGAGUUCCACCCCGACCACUGUAACCUCUUUGUUUACAGCAGCAGUAAAGGGACACUCCGGCUAUGUGACAUGAGGGCCUCAGCGCUGUGUGACCAGCACUCCAAACUGUUUGAAGAGCCUGAAGAUCCUAGUAAUCGCUCCUUCUUCUCUGAAAUCAUCUCCUCGAUCUCCGAUGUCAAGUUUAGCCACAGUGGACGCUACCUGUUAACAAGAGAUUACCUCACAGCCAACGUCUGGGACCUGAAUAUGGAGAACAAGCCCAUUGAAACGUAUCAGGUUCAUGAUUACCUCCGGAGCAAGCUUUGUUCCCUGUAUGAGAAUGACUGCAUCUUUGACAAGUUUGAAUGUGCUUGGAAUGGUACAGAUAGUGUAAUUAUGACGGGCGCCUACAACAACUUCUUCAGGAUGUUUGACCGCAACACGAAGCGAGAUGUGACCCUGGAGGCUUCCCGGGAGAGCAGCAAGCCCAGAGCUGUGCUGAAGCCCCGGCGCGUCUGCACUGGAGGAAAGCGCAGGAAGGACGAUAUUAGCGUGGACAGCUUAGACUUUACCAAGAAGAUCUUGCAUACAGCCUGGCACCCGGCAGAGAACAUAAUUGCCAUCGCAGCGACAAACAAUCUGUAUAUAUUUCAAGAUAAAGUCAAUUCGGAGAUGCACUAGGUAUCUGAAUGAGUGGAUCAUGUUCAGAAUCUCCCCUCCCCCCAGUCUCUCUCUCUUUCUCUCUCUGGCUCUCUCUCUCUCUCUCUCUGGCUCUCUCUUACUCUCUCUGGCUCUCUGGCUCUCUCUGGCUCUCUCUUUCUCUCUCUCUCUCCCUCUCUCCUGUCGUGCUUGAGUUUUUCGAGCACUGUACUGUAUCUGCCGAUAACUUUUCUUGAGGGUGUAUUCGUUGUGCUGGAGUUGUGGAUUGUGGUUCAUCGCUAGUGUGUAUUACUGUUGGUAGUUAUGGGCUUCUUUAAGCCACCAGGGUUGUGCUAACCUUUUGCCUAAAACAAAAAUACAGUUGAUGAUGAUAAUAAUAAAAUAAUACAAAUUAGUGCAUCUUUUUCAUAUUUGUGGUUACUGUGUUAAAGUCCUAUUCACAGAUCUUUUUUUCCCUUUGUUUUUAUUGUUUAAGUGUAAGUUCUUAGUGUAUUUUUCUAUCAAAUAGCAAGGGCCCAUAUUUUAUAACACUUUGCAUCAAAUAAACUUGUCUAGGGCAAUUACUCUGGUGUGAAUGAAUUACUCCUAUUAGAACACUGACUCUUGCUGUUCUGUUCGUACCAUAGUACAAUAUUCUGUAUUGUAAACAAUGAAGCAAAAUUUAACAAAAACAUGGCAAGGCACGAGAAACAGAAAUGUAAUAUGAAAAUUUCUUCAAGGUACUGUACUUAGUACACAGUCACAAACAGAAAGCAAUUUCAGGUUCAAGUACUGUGAAUAUUUGAAUUGAGAAUCAAAAAAGCAUAUGACCUUAAUUUCAAAAUAGUUGCAUCACCCACAAUUGCUCCUUAAUGCAGUUUGUUAAGUUGUCUCUACAUCCUUAUGUACAGUAUGUAUGAAACACAAUCUGCACUUACUGAUAAUGUUUUGAAAUGGGGGGGUGGGGACAAACCAUAAAUUCACUAUUUUGCUGUUCAUUUACCUGUGUACUAUAUACUUUUAUAUGAUGUUAACUGAACAAGGUUCUGUCUAGUCUCUUUAUGUAUCUGGGUGUAAAAUGUGAUUAAAUAUGGCCCUGUUCGUACUGUUACUUUUGAAAUAAACAGUGGAUUUUGGUGAGAGUGGAGCAAGAUAAAAGGCACACAGAGGGAUAUUCCAGUCACUUUUUCUGAGGCCUACUGACACCCUUCGAAGCACAUCUAGAUUAACCAUGGAGAGAACUAACAUCCUAUCUUUAGUAAUACUACUGUAUUCAUAUUUGUAGCUCAAUCUUUAGAAUUCUCGUUUUGUAUGCCAGUGCUCAAUAGCUGCAAAAUUAACAAAGUCCCAAGCUCAGAAUGUUAUUUUUGAACUUGCAUAUUCCAGCUUCUAUUAUGGCAUACAGUACCAUCUGUUUCAUAAAACUCUAAGACGUAUUCUAAAAAUGUACUAAAACUGAGGUUUCUUUUGGUACUUGAAAUCUGUUCCAGAAUCCUUUAGGACAAUUACCAUGGGGGCUUUUUUUAUGAUAUCAUUUCAAUGUUGUGAAGUGUCUGCAAAAUCAUACAGGAAGAAGACUGUGGGAAGUCUUAUAUGCAGGAGGAACACAUUUUAGCGUAGGUGCUGUUUGGGUGGCUGUAGGGAUUAAGUUACAAAUCUGAAUGUAUGUCUUAGUAAAAAAAAACCUUCUUUUUUAAAUGUAUGCUAAAUUAAGUUUUUAAGCAGGAAGUAAUGACACUUCAACAGUACAAUAUUGCAGUCUUUUAACACGCAGCCUUCACAAAAGCUUUUAAUUAAGGCAAGAUCAGUGGUUGUAUUUUUUAAAGGUUGAAACAUAAUAUUAAGACAGCUAGCCAUCCCACUUUGCAACAAGGACAUUUGCAAUACGAGGCUGCCUGAUAGAUCUGUUUUUAGACUUUUGGCUGCCUUUCUUUGAAUCAUAAGACUAUGUUGCACAAUAGCCUGCAGAGUACGCACUCAGCACAGACUACCAUUAACCCUUGAUAUACUUUUUGUGUUUCGAAGCACAAAAGCAUGUUUACCAUUGUUCAGUAUUACUGUGUACAUUUGUAAUGCCUAAAAAUGUUUUAACGAGAAAAAAGGGAAUGAGAAAUGUUUAUUAACACUGUACUAAAAAAUAAAUAAAUAAAUAAAUACAAAUGGGUGAAUGGAACUAUUUAUAUGUAUAUAUUGUUUAUUCUCUCUCAGUAACCUAAUGAGAUUUUUUUUUUUUUUUUUU